AUGGCUAGCUUCGCUUCACAAAUUUCCUCUGUUUUGUUGUUUCUGCUAUUUACAACAAUAUUCAACAGUGUGAUCAGUUGCAAUGAAAGUGAUGAAAGGCUGCUUUUAAUCUUCAAACAAGGAGUGGUUGAUCCAAACAACCAACUCUCUUCUUGGACUACCGAAGAAGAUUGCUGUUUAUGGGAGGGAGUUCAUUGCAACAACAUGACCGGAAGAGUCACAGAGCUUUCUCUUUUCAAUCAUACAUUACGAGGUGACAUUAAUCUGUGUGUGCUUCAACUUGAAUUCCUCAACCACUUGGACUUGAGCCACAAUGACUUCAAAACUGUGAGUAUGCCACCAUGCCAAAUCUCCAAAUCUCCCUUUGAUGCUCACAAGUUUCACAACAAAUCACUUGCUACUCCUUCCAAUCACUCAGCUAGUUUCUCUGUUGUUCUACAGAGUAACAGGGAUAGCAAGUUGGUUGACUUGGACUUAUCGUAUAAUCACUUGAGAGGAGCACUUCCUGAUUGUUGGGCCAAUUGGAAACAAUUAAGAUUCCUUAAUUUGGGAAGUAAUAUGCUAACAGGAGCUAUGCCACAUUGCCUAUAUAACAUCAUGCAGCCGAUUAUGGAAUAUUAUCCGAUACAUGAAAUAGAAGUCUUUGCUAAAGGAAGAGAAUUGGAUUACAAGAACUUUAGAGAGGUGCAUAGCAUUGAUCUUUCCACUAACAAUUUGUCCGGAGAAAUCCCUAAGGAGUUGUUUAAGUUAGUUCAGCUACGGUUCUUAAAUUUGUCUCGAAACCAUUUCACUGGGAAGAUUCCUGAGGAAAUUGGUGGCAUGAAAGACUUGGAAUCUUUUCAUCUCAGCUACAAUAAGCUUUCUGGAGAAAUUCCUUCAACAAUCUCUAAUUUGUCUUUUCUUGAUUAUUUGAACCUCUCAUACAACGAUUUCACUGGACAAAUCCCGUUGGGAACCCAAAUUCAGAGUUUUGACCCAUGGAGUUUUGUUGGUAAUGAUCUUUGUGGAGAUCCUCUUCCAAAGAAGUGCUACAAGAAAGAAGCUUGUAAUGACUCAAAGCCAGCUGAAGGAAAUGAAGAUGAUGAUUUUCUGAAGUCAUUGUAUCUGGGGAUGGGAGUAGGAUUUGCAACAGGCUCCUUGGGAGUUUGUGGUUCUCUCUUCCUCAUCAGAGCAUGGAGACGCAAAUUUUUUCAACUGUUUCAUCUUCUAGCAGAUCGACUUUAUGUCAUCGUGGCCCUCAAGUUGAAAAAAGCUUCCAAUGAAUAUUAA